CUACUUUUUGUUCUCCCUUCCCUACCAACUAAGCUUGCCUAAUUUGCUUCAGAAUUGGAAGAAGGAAUUGCAGCAGGAAAAUAUGUGAAAGAGUUUUUAAACCUACAGAUUCUUCUUACUUUAGAAUUAGUUGUUACAUUGGCAGGAAAAAAUAAAUGCAGAUGUUGGACCAUGUUGGAAACCUUGUCAAGACAGUGGAUUGUCUCACACAGAAUGGAAAUGUGGCUUCUGAUUCUGGUGGCGUAUAUGUUCCAGAGAAAUGUGAAUUCAGUACAUAUGCCAACUAAAGCUGUGGACCCAGAAGCAUUCAUGAACAUUAGCGAAAUCAUCCAACAUCAAGGCUAUCCCUGUGAGGAAUAUGAAGUCACAACUGAAGAUGGGUAUAUCCUCUCUGUUAACAGGAUUCCUCGAGGCCUAGUGCAACCUAAGAAGACAGGUUCCAGGCCUGUGGUGUUACUGCAGCAUGGCCUAGUUGGAGGUGCUAGCAACUGGAUUUCCAACCUGCCCAACAAUAGCCUGGGCUUCAUUCUGGCAGAUGCUGGUUUUGAUGUGUGGAUGGGGAACAGCAGGGGAAAUGCCUGGUCUCGAAAACACAAGACCCUCUCCAUAGACCAAGAUGAGUUUUGGGCUUUCAGUUAUGAUGAGAUGGCUAGGUUUGACCUUCCUGCAGUGAUAAACUUUAUUUUGCAGAAAACGGGCCAGGAAAAGAUCUAUUAUGUCGGCUAUUCACAGGGCACCACCAUGGGCUUUAUUGCAUUUUCCACCCUGCCAGAGCUGGCUCAGAAAAUCAAAAUGUAUUUUGCUUUAGCGCCCAUAGCCACUGUUAAGCAUGCAAAAAGCCCUGGGACCAAAUUUUUGUUGCUGCCAGAUAUGAUGAUCAAGGGAUUGUUUGGCAAAAAAGAAUUUCUGUAUCAGACCAGAUUUCUCAGACAGCUUGUUAUUUACCUUUGUGGCCAGGUGAUUCUUGAUCAGAUUUGUAGUAAUGUCAUGUUACUUCUGGGUGGAUUCAACACCAACAAUAUGAACAUGAGCCGAGCAAGUGUAUAUGUUGCCCACACUCUUGCCGGAACAUCUGUGCAAAAUAUUCUACACUGGAGCCAGGCAGUGAAUUCUGGUGAACUCCAGGCAUUUGACUGGGGGAGUGAGACCAAAAAUCUGGAAAAAUGCAAUCAGCCAACUCCUGUAAGGUACAGAGUCAGAGAUAUGAUGGUCCCUACAGCAAUGUGGACAGGAGGUCAGGACUGGCUUUCAAAUCCAGAAGACGUGAAAAUGCUGCUCUCUGAGGUGACCAACCUCAUCUACCAUAAGAAUAUUCCUGAAUGGGCUCACGUGGAUUUCAUCUGGGGUUUGGAUGCUCCUCACCGUAUGUACAAUGAAAUCAUCCAUCUGAUGCAGCAGGAGGAGACCAACCUUUCCCAGGGACGGUGUGAGGCCGUAUUGUGAAGCAUCUGACACGGACAAUCUUAGGACAACCUCAUGAGGGAUGGG